GGCCAAAGGAACUUUUCCCCUCAUCCUUUCCUUCUUUCUUUCCUUCUUUGUUUCUUAUCACAGCUUUUUCGGGUCUAUCAGAAAACCAACAACACCAGAUCUGCUCCUUCCCUUUUCCUUUCCCUAAAAAUGCCCUCAGAUCAGAUCGUACUACUACUGUUUCCGUGUCUCUGCUUCCAUACGUCGCCGUUUUGAGGAAUCUAAAAACAGGACAGACUCAGAUCUGCUAACGUAAUUAUAAUUUUUCACGUCAGGGAAAAAAAUUAGCAAAUUCCGAAUAUUUUCUGUAAAGGGAAGGAAAAAAAAGAGAAAUUUGAAUUUAAUUUAAAAAAAAAGUCAAACGAUGGAUUUGGAUGAAUUUCGGGUGAUAUUAUCGAAAUCGAAAGUGGAUGUAUGGUCGUUGAUUGAGGCCGCGAUUACGGUGGCGGGGAUAGACUACAGCGAGGAGUUGAAGGAUCGGCGGGAUAAAAUCGUCGAGAAGCUUUACUUUCCGAGCCCCUCCGGUCAAGUUUGCCGGAACUGCCACUCGAACGACGUCGGGGACGAUUAUCUUCAGCCACCGAGCCAGAAGCAGCACCAGCAGCAGCAGGAAAAGGAAAAGGACAAAGAGCAAAAUCGGAAUCAAAGUCAUCGGAGUAGUAGUAGUAAUAGUAAGAGUCCGUUGACUCCGGAAUCGAGUCAUGGAAACGAUGAAAAUGAAGAUGAAGAUAAUGAGAUGGAUCCUUUCGGAGGAUUAUUCGACGAUGAGCAGACGAAAAUUGUCAAAGUUCGAGAACUGCUCGAAGAUCCAGACCAGAGUGAAGAAAGUGUGGUUGAGUUAUUGCAAACUUUAGUGGAUAUGGAUAUUACUUUCACAGCUCUUCAGGAAACUGACAUAGGGAGAGUUGUGAGUGGAUUCAGGAAACAACAUCCUUCUAAUGAAGUUCGAAAAUUAGCAAAGUUACUCGUCAGAAAUUGGAAGGAAACUGUAGAUGAAUGGGUGAGGUUGAAUCAGCCUGAUCAAGGAUCAGUAGCCCUCAUUGCUGAUGGUGAUUCACCUCAACAAAAUAUUCAACCAAAAACUCAGCAAAAUGGUCAUCAUCAGGGGUCUGAAUUUGGGUAUUCUCCAAACCCGCGAAAUGGGGGUUCUAGUUCAGAAAAGAAUUACUCCGAACCACAGACAAAGCCAAAACCGGCUCCUCCAAGAGAAGCUUCAUCAAGACCACCACAAUCAGUUCACAAAUCUGCUUCUGCCCCUCCUCCAAGUAGAUCAAAGGAACCAACCAUAGAUCUUGAAAAGCUAAAUUCAGCAAGAAGGCGGCUGCAUGAGAACUACCAAGAAGCUGAAAAUGCCAAAAAGCAAAGGACAAUACAAGUGAUGGAUAUCCAUGAGUUGCCAAAACCCAAGAAUGCCUUCUUUGGCAAGAACAAAGGCGGCUUUCAGGGGAGGCAUCAUCGCUGAUUUGUCAGUUAAUUGGAACAAGAAAUUGCGAGACCUCCCGCUUUCCUCCUGUUGUUGUGAAAUCUAAUGGGGUUUUGCCAAAAAGUGGCUAAAUCCGUUCUGCAUUUUUAUCACCACUAAACCAAGACAAUAUUUUUGAUUACCACUACUAGUCUUAUUUACUAUCUUGGUAUAUAACUAAAGAGUAAUAGCAA